AUGCUCAAGAAAGCAUUUUGUUGGGAUAAAACGCAACAUACCAGGCAUGUUAUUAAGAAAGCGUGGGUUAAGUCAGCUCGAGUGGCGUACAAGGAUUACAUCAGCAAUUGCAAGAAGGUCCUGUUGAUACAUAAGAAGAAGAUUGAAUAUCUUCAGCCUAACAUUGAGGCAGCUUGGAGGGCUUAUUGGGCUUUGCCUGCUACUCAGGCAAGGUCUGCUCAGGCGUCCAGGAAUCGCCGCUCAGAGCCAGGCGGUCCGGUACAGGGAUGGCUAUCCAUCAUGGAGGGGUCGCGCAGUGCUUUAGAUCAUGCUGAGCAUCUGGCUCGGGAGAGCAAUAUUUCUUUUGACGAGGCUACUUGGGCGACUUUUCGACGGAUGCAUUAUAAGAAUGGACAGUAUACCGCUGGACGACCUGCGCAGCACGGGUUGGAGGUCGAGAGGCGAUUGGCAGAGCUUCGCCAAACACAGGAAGACGUCACGCCCGUAGAUGUAGAGCGCAUCUUCCGAGAGGUCGUCGCUCCUGAUUCGAGGGGGCGCAUCAUGGGAUUAGGCAUGAUGAUGUCUAGGGCGAUUACUGAGAGCGGCGAUUCGUCGAGCACGCACUCCACUAGCACCUCCCAGUUUCCUUUCCCUGUUGCCUCGAGAGAUGAGCUCAUUACAUUGAGGGAGGAGCUGAGCUCCACACAGAGGGAGCUAGAGGUCAGGAGAGCGAGCGAGGAGGCUCAGAGCAAGGCUAUACAGGAGAUGCAAGCCCAGAUCGCCCUCCUCAUGCGAGGAUAUCAUGCACAGUCCCCCUCCGACGCAUCUGAUGGGACCCACCCGGACCUCUGAUUAUAUUAUUUACUAUCGUUUGUUUGAUACUAUACUUUGAAUACUGAAUUUCUAAACUUGUUGACAUAUUUUAUGAUUUGCUACUUUGUUAUAUUUGAUGUCUUUCUACUUUGCUCAUCUUCAUGAUUUUGAAUAAUUUAUAGAUUGCUAUAUAAUUGAAAACAGGAAUACAAAACAAAAAAACA